GACAGGACAAGGAACAGAGAGAUCCGAAGGGACAUCUCAGAAGAGACAGCUUGAACUUCACUAUUCCCAACCAACUCGGCGCCAUGGACACUAAAGGCUCAUUUUUCUAUGGCUUCCUCUUGCUGCUGCUCAUCCAGCUCCAGUCCAGCAGAGCCAACCCCAUCUACAGCCUCAGCCCUGCCAAAGAACUGGCCAGCAUGGAGGCUCUGUUGGAGAGGCUGGAGGAUAAGUUUGCAAUGAUUGAAGCCCUGGAGUCCAACCCUGACCUGCCAGAACCCAAACCCCAGGAGGAGAUCCGCCCAGAACUCGACGAUGACAGCGAGGACCAGAAGGCUGAGCCCAGGCUGGCACCCAACCCGCCCCUGUCCUUCAGGGACCCCCUCCUCAAGAGGCUGAGGGGGCUGCAGAUGCCCAGGAUGAUGAGAGACUCCGGGUGCUUCGGGAGGAGGAUCGAUCGGAUCGGCUCCCUCAGCGGGAUGGGCUGCAACGGUUCCCGGAGGAAUUAGGAUCAACCUCCCUAUUCCCUGCUCUGAAGAAUGCUUUACAGUACCUGUUCCUCCCAAGAUGAAAGCCAGAUGCUUUCCAAGCUCCUCAACAGAAAGUUAUUCCUAUUUUUAUUUAUUUAUUUAUUUAUUUAUUUGAUGUUUUUUUAAAGAACAUUUCUUGCUCUAGCACCAAGAGACCAUCUUUAAAUAAAACUAACACAUUAGACAUCUAUGCUGGACCUCUCUCCUGUCUGUUGCAUUAAAUUUUCUUGUAUAUUCCU